CCCACUUGAAGAUUUGCAAUUCUCAUUAAAACAGUUUACUACAGAAUCAUCAAUUCUAAGCUUUCAGAAACAAAAGCAUGGCUUCAAUGUUAAUGGCAGCUACUGCAAGCACUAGCACUGCCCUCAGACCAACCCCUUUUCUGGGUCAAACCAGGGGACCUAAUGCCAACCCUCUUAGAGAUGUUGUCUCUAUGGGCACUGGCAAAUUCACCAUGGGGAAUGAAUUAUGGUAUGGACCGGACCGACUGAAGUACUUGGGACCCUUUUCAGCUCAGACUCCGUCGUACCUCACCGGAGAAUUUCCCGGCGAUUAUGGAUGGGACACUGCUGGUUUGUCUGCUGAUCCUGAGGCCUUUGCCAGGAACAGAGCUCUUGAGGUCAUCCACGGGCGAUGGGCCAUGCUCGGAGCCCUAGGCUGCAUCACCCCAGAAGUCCUUCAGAAAUGGGUACGGGUGGCCUUCAAAGAGCCAGUAUGGUUCAAAGCCGGAGCCCAAAUUUUCUCCGAAGGUGGCCUAGACUACUUGGGCAACCCUAACCUAGUACAUGCCCAAAGCAUCCUCGCCGUGCUGGGCUUCCAAGUUGUUCUAAUGGGCCUCGUUGAGGGCUUCCGCAUCAAUGGCCUCCCCGGAGUAGGAGAGGGAAACAAUCUCUACCCCGGUGGCCAAUACUUUGACCCAUUGGGUCUUGCCGAUGACCCGGUCACCUUUGCCGAGCUCAAAGUGAAGGAGAUCAAGAAUGGGAGGCUAGCUAUGUUCUCAAUGUUUGGGUUCUUUGUCCAAGCAAUUGUGACUGGGAAGGGCCCACUUGAGAACCUCUUGGACCACCUUGAAAACCCUGUGGCUAACAAUGCUUGGGUCUAUGCCAACAAGUUUGUGCCUGGGUCAUAAGUUCAUUGAGAAUGGGUUGAUUGUGUAGAUAGCUUGUGUUGUGCAAUUAUGUACUAUGGAUUUGGUGGUGUUGCUAGUUUUGAUUAUGAUGAAUUACCUAAUUGGUGUUGAGAUGACAAAAAUCGAAGAGAAUGAAUGAGAAUUUUAUUUUCAAAAAUCGCAUUAUUUAUAAUAAAAUUAGUGUCAACAUUAUUCAAA